AUGAAGGUCCUCAUCCUGGCUAUGUUGCUCGGACUGAGCUUUGCUCAGCACAACCCAAAUACCAAACACGGAAGAACUUCAAUUGUCCACUUGUUUGAGUGGCGUUGGGCUGACAUUGCUGCAGAAUGUGAACGCUACUUAGGACCCAAUGGCUUUGGUGGGGUUCAGAUCUCUCCUCCCAGUGAGAGCAUCGUUGUAAGUAACCCAUGGAGGCCCUGGUGGGAGAGAUAUCAACCAAUCAGCUACAACCUAUGCUCCAGAUCAGGAAAUGAAAACGAGCUGAGGGACAUGAUCACCAGAUGCAACAAUGUUGGGGUGAACAUCUACGUGGACGCAGUCAUCAACCACAUGUGUGGAGCAGGGGGCGGAGAGGGCAGACACUCAAGUUGCGGCACAUACUUCAGUGCCAACAGAAAGGAAUUCCCCUCUGUUCCUUACACUUCCUGGGACUUCAAUGAUGGCAAAUGCAGAACUGGAAGUGGCAAUAUCGAAAACUACCAAGAUGUCAAUCAAGUGAGAAACUGUCGCCUUGUUGGUCUUCUGGACCUGUCUUUGGAGAAGGACUACGUGCGAGGCAAAGUGGCUGAUUACAUGAACAAACUGAUCGACAUGGGUGUUGCUGGCUUCCGAGUGGACGCCUGCAAACACAUGUGGCCUGGUGAUCUGGGUGCUGUUUAUGGUAGACUCCAUAAUCUCAACACCAGGUGGUUCUCUCCUGGUUCCAGGCCUUUCGUCUUCCAAGAGGUUAUUGAUCUCGGCGGGGAACCCAUUAAAUCCUCUGAAUACUUUGGGCUGGGUAGAGUUACUGAAUUCAAGUAUGGUGCCAAACUGGGCACGGUCAUGCGCAAAUGGAACGGAGAAAAAUUGUCCUUCUUGAAAAACUGGGGUGAGGGUUGGGGUUUCAUGCCCUCAGAUAAGGCCCUGGUGUUUGUUGACAACCAUGACAAUCAGAGAGGACAUGGAGCUGGAGGUGCCUCUAUUGUCACAUUCUGGGAUGCCAGACUUUACAAGAUGGCUGUAGGUCUCAUGUUGGCCCACCCCUAUGGUGUCACCAGAGUCAUGUCCAGCUUCCGUUGGAACCGUCAUAUCGUCAAUGGAAAGGAUCAGAAUGACUGGAUGGGACCUCCCAGCCACGGCGAUGGAUCUACCAAACCUGUUCCCAUCAACCCUGACUCCACCUGUGGGGAUGGGUGGGUGUGCGAACACAGAUGGCGCCAGAUCAGAAACAUGGUGAUCUUCAGAAAUGUGGUCAAUGGGCAGCCAUUCUCUAAUUGGUGGGACAACAGGAGUAACCAGAUUGCCUUUGGCCGUGGCAACCGUGGUUUCAUUGUCAUCAACAACGAUGACUGGGAUUUGGAUGUGACCCUGAGCACAGGCAUGCCUGGAGGUACCUAUUGUGAUGUCAUCUCUGGGCAAAAGGACGGAGGCAGGUGCACUGGGAAACAGGUCCAAGUUGGGGGUGAUGGACGUGCACACUUUAGAAUCAGCAACAGGGAUGAGGAUCCAUUUAUUGCUAUUCAUGCUGACUCUAAGCUGUAA